UAUUUAGUCGAAUAUUUAAUCAUCCCGCAGACAAUGGUCCUCAAGAGGGGCAACACAGAGUAUACUUUGCAAUCUCCGGAGACGUAUUGCGAUCACGAUUAUGUGGAGUACUUCCAUAAGGUGCCAAACAAAAAGCAGCUAUAUACUUUUCGGGUGGUAAAAUUGGCACCUGCCUUUACCAUCGAUAUUACCACGAAAGUGAUGAAAACACAGAGAGUUUUGUACAAGAUGGAAAACAUUGGCGGCUGUGAGUUUCUGAACAAUCCCUUGCUGUUUAAGGCGCUUCACGAAACCUACAAUCGGCUGUUGGUCAAUGGCAGUUACUUUAAGUGCCCCAUCAAGCCGAAGGUUUACUAUCUGAAGAGCGAGAACACAAUGUCCUUUUUGCCCAGCUUUCAUCCACCUGGACAAUUUCAGCUGUCGGUGCGUGUGAAAAUGGCGGAAAGUCGUCGGCCGUUCGUUAUGGAAAUGUUGUGGAAGUUUAAAAUUGUGCGCAUCAAAUAA